CAUUGGGCUCCCUGCAGUAGUAGAUCUGGUCGACUGUACGGUUCAGUUCAUCAUCACAUGAUCCUAGCUCGGCUGUACAACCCGGGUGGUUCACUGAUGAAACAGGGAAUUUUCUGAUCAAAUCAUGUCACAGUUUGACAAGCUACCUAAGGUGCAAGAUGCGGAGAAAGAGAGCCAAUAUGGCUAUGUGCAUGCCGUCUCUGGCCCUGUCGUUACGGCGGAGAGAAUGGCUGGGGCGGCCAUGUACGAACUGGUCCGUGUCGGUCACAGCGAGCUGGUCGGAGAGAUCAUUCGGCUUGAAGGGGACUUCGCCACCAUCCAAGUUUACGAAGAAACUUCCGGUGUGAGUGUGGGCGACCCCGUGCUGAGGACUGGGAAGCCUCUCUCUGUGGAGGUUGGGCCAGGAAUUCUUGGAUCCAUCUUUGAUGGGAUCCAACGACCUCUAAGAGAUAUCAACGACCUGACCCAGAGCAUCUACAUUCCGCGGGGCAUCAACGUGGCGGCGUUGAACCGCGAUAUACGAUGGGACUACCAACCCUACCAGGGAAUCCGGGUGGGAAGUCAUAUAACAGGUGGGGAUUUUUAUGGUAUCGUCCACGAGAACUCCCUCAUCGAGCACCGACUGAUGCUCCCACCAAAGUGUCGGGGAACCGUCAAGUGGAUAGCACCCACCGGGAGUUACGACAUUACUGAUGUCAUCUUAGAGACCGAGUUUGACGGAGAGGUCACCAAACACAGCAUGCUUCAGGUCUGGCCUGUCAGACAGAUGCGGCCUGUCAAUGAGAAACUACCCGCCAACUACCCACUGCUGACCGGACAAAGAGUCCUUGAUGCGUUGUUCCCAUGCGUGCAAGGCGGGACCACCGCCAUCCCUGGUGCGUUUGGCUGCGGCAAGACCGUCAUCUCACAGUCCUUGUCCAAAUACUCCAACAGCGACGUCAUCGUGUACGUAGGGUGCGGGGAGCGUGGCAACGAGAUGUCCGAAGUGCUUCGUGACUUCCCGGAGCUGACAGUAGAGAUUGGCGGCAAAACUGAAUCCAUCAUGAAGCGAACAACUCUGGUCGCCAACACCUCCAACAUGCCAGUGGCUGCUAGAGAGGCUUCCAUUUACACAGGCAUCACGUUAGCCGAGUACUUCCGUGACAUGGGCUACAAUGUCUCUAUGAUGGCAGACUCUACAUCCCGAUGGGCUGAAGCCCUGAGAGAGAUUUCCGGCCGUUUGGCUGAAAUGCCUGCUGAUAGCGGCUAUCCAGCCUACCUUGGUGCUCGUCUAGCCUCCUUCUAUGAGCGGGCCGGCCGGGUCAAAUGCUUGGGCAACCCAAACAGGGAGGGAAGCGUCAGCAUUGUGGGAGCUGUGUCGCCACCCGGUGGUGACUUCUCUGAUCCGGUCACCACGGCAACCCUAGGCAUCGUCCAGGUGUUCUGGGGUCUGGACAAGAAGCUGGCCCAGCGUAAGCACUUCCCGUCCAUCAACUGGCUCAUCAGCUACUCCAAGUACAUGAGGGUCCUGGACGAUUUCUACGAUAAGAACUUUGCAGAGUUUGUGCCCCUCCGAACCAAGGUCAAGGAGAUUCUGCAAGAGGAGGAGGAUUUGUCGGAGAUUGUGCAGCUAGUAGGGAAGGCAUCCCUGGCCGAGUCAGAUAAGAUUACACUGGAGGUGGCUAAGCUCCUUAAAGAUGACUACCUCCAACAGAAUGGCUACACUCCGUACGAUAGGUACUGUCCCUUCUACAAGACGGUGGGUAUGCUGCAGAACAUUGUCCUGUUCUACGAUCUUGCCAGGCAUGCCGUGGAGAGCACCGCCCAGUCCGAGAACAAGAUCACCUGGGCCAUCAUCCGAGAAAACAUGGGCGACAUCAUGUACCAACUCAGCAGCAUGAAGUUCAAGGAUCCGGUCAAAGACGGAGAGGCCAAGAUCAAAGCAGACUUCAACGAGCUCGCCGAAAACAUGCAGACGCAGUUCCGAAACCUAGAAGACUAACCCCCUUUCCCUUUGCUUCACAGAUAUCUAUAAAUAUAUCAAGGAAGAUGUUAAUAUUAAAAUACUUUUAUUAGACGAUAUUGAAAUGUUGUAGGUCUUCUUGAAGCGUUGA